GUUGGUUCUGACUUCAUUUAAGACGCACGUCGUGAGACCAGUCUGACUUGUGAUCAGGUUUGAAUGUAUUAUUAGCGUAUUAGUUGCCAUAUUUCUAAUGGUUGGCCGGCAACGCGAGCGAAGAGGGAGGGAUUCUCCCCGCGCGCCCUGUUCCCCCAUCACUUUAGUUUCCCGACCGCUCCACGCAGACAAAAAACUCCAAACAGUGAAGGAUUUUCCAUGGAGAUCAUCUCUCUGUGUACACAAUUCCCCCUUCUUCUGCUGUUGCUUGGCUUCUGGACUGUGUCAGCGGCCACUCCAGAUAACCUUGUGAUCGACACAAAGAAUGGGAAGGUUCAGGGGAAACUGCUCCCGGUGCCCGGAGGUAACGUCAGGGCGUUUCUCGGCAUUCCGUACGGGAAACCGCCGCUCGGAAAGUCGAGGUUCAGACCUCCUGAGCCGGCUGAGAAAUGGCAAGGAGUGAGGGACGCCACCAGAUUCCCCAAUUCCUGCUACCAGAUGCCGGACAUGUCCAUUCCAGGUUUCAAAGGUAUAGAGAUGUGGAACCCCAACACCCCCGUGAGUGAGGACUGCCUGUAUCUAAAUGUCUGGACCCCGAAUGUGAACGCCACGCAGCCUUCACCACCUGUCGCUGUGCUUGUCUGGAUCUACGGAGGUGGAUUUUACGUGGGAACGUCCUCUCUGGAUACUUACGACGGCCGCUUCCUCAGCAAAUCUGAAAAUGUUGUUGUGGUGUCCAUGAAUUACAGACUUGGACCUUUAGGUUUUCUGUCUCUUCCCGACAACAAGAACAUCCCGGGCAAUGCGGGUCUGCUGGACCAGCGCUUGGCCCUGCAGUGGGUAGCCAAUAAUAUUGGUGCUUUUGGAGGGGAUCCCUCGAAGGUGACUCUGUUUGGGGAGAGUGCUGGGUCUCUAUCUGUGGGGCUCCACCUGCUCUCCCCGGGGAGCCAACACCUUUUCCAUAGGGCUGUGAUGCAGAGUGGCUCUCCUAAUGCAUUCUGGGGCACGGUCAGCCCCAGUGAAGCUUGGGACAGGUCCCUGAAGCUAGCGAAGGCACUGGACUGCUCCACGUCUGAUCCAGCGGCUCUUGAAGCUUGUCUGCAGAAGGCCGAUGCUGAAAAAAUCACAUUGAAACAGCACAACGUUCUCACAGAACGUCAUGACAUCUUGUCGUUACCCUUUCUGCCUGUAGUUGAUGGAGACGUUCUGCCAGAUAACCCUGAAGUGUUGCUGAGCACUGGAAGCCUCCCAAAGAAAGAGCUAGUCAUUGGCUUAAACAAGGACGAGGGGCCCUACUUCCUCAUAAAUGUAGUGCCCGGGUUUAGCAUCAGUGGCCAGAGUCUCAUCACCAGAAACCAGUUUCUGCACGGAGUGAACCUCACGAUGCCAGACGCAGCCGAGGUGACCAAAGAAGCAGCCAUCUUCCACUACACGGACCCGGCAGAUGAGAACAACUCCAUGAAGAACCGCGACCUGCUGUGCAGCCUGAUUGGGGAUCAGAUAUUUGUUGCUCCCGUGCUGGAGUUCGCACAAAGAUACUCACAACGUGGUGGAAAAACCUUCCUAUACCUCUUUGACCACCGGUCAUCUAUCAAUCCGUGGCCGGAAUGGAUGGGCGUCCUCCAUGGCUACGAGAUAGAGUUUGUCUUCGGAAUGCCCCUGAACGCCUCGCUGGGAUACAGCAAGAGCGAAGUGAACAUGACCAAGAAGAUCAUGAAGCACUGGGCCAACUUCGCCAGGACGGGGAAUCCAGGCGGCGACGGAGUCAACUGGCCGGCGUUCACCGCCGAACGGCAGGAGUACAUCACUCUGAACUGCAACCCCCCCGAACAAAAGCGCAUGCUGAGAGCCAAGGAGUGUGAGCUCUGGAACAAACUACUACCAGACAUACAGCGGACCGCAGAUCAGCUCCAGGCUUGUGUCACGGGUAACGGGAUUGUUCCUUCCUGCAGCUACACGUUCAUCCUCAUUUUACUCGCCACUUCUUUUUUGUUUUACUAAAUUAAAGAGGUCCUUAAGUAACAAUAUUUCAUAAAAAUAUAUGACAGGAACAACUGCUUUUUGUUAAGGGUUAAAGUAGUACUGGUGUAUAAUUUGUAGAGGCUUGAAGAUAUGGAUUUAAACAUUUUAUUGGUUAGGUUUUAAUUAAAACAGUGUGUCAACUUGAAAAUGUAUAUUAAUAAACAUCUGUAAUAUAUUUGCUGAAAAAAUAGUUGCUGAUUUAGUUGCUUCUAUCUCAUUUACUGUAAUAGAUCAUUACUGUAUUUCGAAAUUUGUAAAUUCUGGUAACAUGAAACUAAGUUUUUCAGAAUAAGGGCGUAGACGCAGUGUGUUGAAGCAACAUAGUGUAAAAUGACCAUCCAUACGUUUUGCCAAAUGCAUUUGAUAUGAGUCAGCACAGACAUACUUUUCAUACUGUUCUAUGUUGAAUGAUUUUAUAUUAAACAACACAAUGUAUCAGAAA